GAAAGUAUAGAGAAGUUGGAACCGGAGACGGAAGCGUAUUGGCCUCUCUGGAAGUUGCUUCGGAAGUUUCUAUUUGAUUUUGGCUCUCUCUCUUUCUCUCUGCUUUUCAUUCAAUUCUUUCCUUCGUUUCUCUCCUUCUUCUGAUUGCUUUAUAAUUAUAUCUCUUCCCGGGGUUUUCUGUAUAUAUUUAAGAUUGUUUUCUCAGAAAGUGCUAUUGAAUUCGAAAGAUCUGAACUUCGAGUCUUCGCGCUUCAUCCGUAUCGCCAACACAGAGAAUGUCAUACGCAUACCUCUUCAAAUACAUCAUCAUCGGUGAUACCGGUGUAGGGAAGUCAUGCCUUCUACUUCAAUUUACCGACAAGCGCUUUCAACCUGUCCACGACUUGACCAUCGGUGUUGAAUUUGGGGCCAGGAUGAUUACCAUUGAUAACAAACCCAUCAAAUUGCAGAUAUGGGAUACGGCUGGUCAAGAAUCCUUCAGGUCUAUCACAAGGUCUUACUACAGGGGAGCUGCAGGUGCACUGCUCGUCUAUGAUAUAACCAGGAGGGAGACAUUUAACCACUUGGCUAGCUGGUUGGAAGAUGCAAGGCAGCAUGCCAAUGCAAAUAUGACAAUAAUGUUGAUAGGCAAUAAGUGUGAUCUUGCUCACAGAAGGGCAGUGAGCACUGAGGAAGGCGAACAAUUUGCUAAAGAGCAUGGGCUAAUCUUCAUGGAGGCCUCAGCAAAAACAGCUCAGAAUGUUGAAGAGGCGUUCAUUAAAACAGCUGCAACCAUAUACAAGAAGAUUCAGGAUGGAGUUUUUGAUGUAUCAAAUGAGUCUUACGGAAUAAAAGUGGGAUACGGUGGAAUUCCCGGACCAUCUGGAGGCAGGGAUGGCUCGUCUUCUCAGGGUGGAGCCUGCUGCAGUUGAAGUGGAACAUAGCCUGUUUGCUUUAAUUUGCAUUCUCUUGUGGUUUUCUUAUUUUUAUUUUUUAUAACUUCGGUAUGGAUACUAAUUAUCUUUUACGUCAUUGAUAAAGUGGGAUAAGGUUAUAUUGUAUGGGCUGAGCCGAUCCACUUGGUGUAAUUGAUUGAUUAGUGAUGUCCGUAUUUUUAGACAUGUUGGUAAAGAAGUGUUCAUUUAUUGAAAUACAAGCGUGGUUUUACUCUCUUC